GUCCAAGAACAAGAACUGUAGUACACCACCAGUACACUGCAUGUAGCAUCUAACUAAGUGGUCUUUUAUUGUUUUGUAGCUAUGACUAUUUGACAAUUAUUAAUGAGAACAGCGAGCCAUUUGGCAUGUACUGUGGAAGAAAGACUGGCGAAUCAGUUAUUGUCACUGGAAAGUACGCAGUGUUCACAUUCCACUCAAACAACGUUGUUCAAAGAAGAGGGUUCCUGUUGUUGCUCAACUUAUUUAAGCCUACUGCACCCAAGAUUGAGUUACCAGAAUCUGUUGUGCGAGUAUUACCGGGUUACAGGCUGUCGUGUCCAGUCACUGGAACUCCUCCGAUACAUACAGCACUGAUAAGGAACUCUACAGUACUUGCAAAUACAACAGGCGUCAUUGAAGCUAUCAUUCAAGGGGGAAACUACACAUGCCAGGCAACCAACGAAUAUGGGGUAGACGUUAAGGACUUCUCAGUCAUAUUUGUUGGUGAGACCUCUUUUAAACAGAACAUUCAUUGUUGCCUAUAUAUGUUAGAUACUAAGGAAUAAAAAAAGACUAACUAUAAGCAGUCAGGAGUAGUUUGCGCGAAACAGUUAGAAAUUAUGCGAAACUCGGAGUUCUGGAAAGUAGGACAUGGAUGCUACACAUUCUCCGUUCUUUUUCUUAACUACCUACCAAAUCUGAAAGCAGAAAACUUUAUGUAUACGAAAAUCAAAAUACUAGAAAAAACGUAUCGACGUAAAAUUAAAAUCAAGCAAUCUUUGCAAAAUGGGAGCAUUGUUGCGAUCUAGCUCUGAAAUGCGUUGGUGUUCAAAUGAUUUCAUGACU